CUUCCCGGAUGGACAUCAGCGUAGGUUUUGUUUUGUGAGCGAUGCUACCCAUGGCGCUGGAGCUCUCAAGAGUGCAGGUCAAGGACCUGGAACCUGCCAUUGACGAUGACACGGGUACUGACGCACUUGAGCCCGCUGGCUUGGCACGCGCCUAUUCCGCCCCGGAGAUCCUGCAGAAAUGCACGUGCCCGCGCUGCGGCAAGACAGCCAUGGGCUUCCGGCUGAAGACAGGUGCCGAGUGCUGCAAGGGGAGCUACAAGUGGAACAAGGAGUCCCCUACAACCGUGACUCUGGCGGACUUCCCGAAACGAGCUUGCGCUCACGCCCACGCAUCGGUAGCUUCAUUUGUGAAGUGCGAGUACCAUCGCUCCGGCAAGUGCAACCGAAAGGGCUGCCACGCCUGCCACUGCUGCCCCGCACCUCGACGCAACACCACCAGGUCUCCAACCCGAGAGACGCGCUCCGGCAAGAAGCCCACUCUGGACAAGAUCACGGAGAAGGUAAAGAAGGCGCUGAAGGAACGCAAAGGCCCACCCCAAGACGCCAUUCGUUCGCCAGCCUCAUCCCAAUGGCCGGAGGCUUCCGCUGCAGUUGAUAUGGCGUGCAGGCGAGUAUUCAGCUUCAAUGAUUGACUGUGAGCUGGGGAUGUUCGUGGAUGGUCCUUUUUCCGUAUUGGGUAAAUGACCUCCCAAGGUUUGC